AUCAAUGCGCGUUAUCGUAUUUGUCUGACUCCGGACUCCCAACUCUCACAUAUACAUACCGGGGUGCGCAGGCAAGAGGAAACAUGACGAACCAGAGUCAGAAGCAGAACUCUUUGGUGCGGCGCGGAGCCUCCAGCAGCAGAAACAACGCGAGCCGCGGGACGAAGUUGAGCGCAGGAAGCAUGAAUCCUCUCAGCCUGGCGUCCAUCAGCCUCGCAGCCUCGCUGCUCCUCGUCGUCCCACUUUGUCACAGCUCUCCGGUCGUUCUUCAACAAGCCACAGCAGAUCAGAGGCAGCUUCUCAGCCAGAUGGACGCCGCCUGCUCCUCUUUCUUCUCGGCAGACGUCAAGUUUGCCCUCAGCGAGGUGUCCGACAUCUUUGGGGAAAUUUGCGUCCUGAUGCUCGUUCAGAAGUCGAAGGAGCUUAGAGAACGGGGAAAUAACAAACAGAGUCCUAUACAGCCUCUCCUGCAUCUGGUUUCUCAUCUGCAUACCCGAAGCGAGAGAGGACUGUCAGUGCGAGCUGAACUUCAGGGACCUGCUGGAAUCCAGAGCAGAGGCUACUUUCUCUAUCGGCCUCGGAACGGAAGAAGAGAUUUAGAAUACCAGUAGCAGAAAGCAGGGAGAUGCCGACUAUCCCAAACCCUGACCCAGACCGCUGCAGCUGCACCAGACCACCGAGUGACCCAGGACUCCACUGAAUUCUGACACUGAAUGUACACAGAUAAUGUAAUAUAAUAUUAAUAAAAACACAGUGC